GUUCUUUAGUCUUUUUGGUUCUAUGCUUUAGAUACGACCUUUGUUCUCUGUUACUUUAUUCUUAUUCACCUGCUAAGUUACACAUAGCUCAUUUGCCACGUUAAACUGUAUUAUUUUCAUUAUGACAGCUCAGGUACACGAAUUCAGCGUAGAAAUGACAUGUGAAGGAUGCUCGAAUGCUGUACAUAAUGUGCUUAAGAAAAAAGGAGGUAUCGAUUACAUAAAGAUAGAUUUACCAGAGAAAAAGGUAACUGUGACUACUACAUUUGGUUCAGAUGAGAUUUUGGAGACACUCAAGAAGACUGGAAAAACAUGUAAAUUUUUAGGGACACAAAAAUAAGGAUCUAUCCAAAUGCGAUUAUGGUGCUACUAAUAUGCCAAACAUGUGGUUUUGUUAUUUUUCUAUUUAAAAAAAAAUUAUACUUUAAUUAUUCAUUGAUUUGUAUACAAAAGUACAAAAACAGUUUAAGACAUAUAAUAUUUCUUAUAUAAUAAAAUACCUUCUAUAUAUAGCUUA